AUGGCCGCGGGUUCCUCUCUAAAAGCUUGGUUCAUCCUCUUGUAUGAACAUGGUGAUAUUGCAGUGAUAGCCCUUUUGGGUACCUUGUUCAUAAAGUCGGUUUCGUCCGCUAGAACGGGUGCUGUUCUGCUUUUGAUCUCGACAUGCGCUGAAGCGGGUUUUAAUUCAGCGGCGCGCUCUCUCGCAUCAUCAAUAGGUGGGGCGAAACGACUGUACACACUCUCAACUUGCACUUCUGUUGGUGUCAUCCUCGUGCUCAUUGUUGCGGCAGCCUUUCUGGGGACCAUCUUCAUCCACAGCGAGCCACCACAGUUGGACAUACCGGUCAGUGAAUUCAGCUACCUCUAUGGCUUUUCGGCGACUGCACUUGUGGUGCUCGUAUUCGUGGCAGACUUCUACUUCUCCGAUUUUAUGGUCAAAAAAGUGGGACCUCAUUCUCCACAGAGGGUUUCCUAUCCUUGUCUGGUGCUGACUGCGUUUCUCAUCAGUGCUUGCAUCAACGGCUCGGUGGCUUCGGCCGUCGGUGGACAUGUAGACACUAUUAUGACCGAGUUUCCUUCUGCUAGACCCGUUCACCACCUCUCUACUGGUGCGAUUAUUAGCUUGAUGGCCUUUCUCUACGCUUCUACUCUGUUGAACCGAACAAACUCAGAGAACGGAGGUGGCCGGUUCUACAACAGUCGGCGUUUUGUUGGAUUCUCGCCUGCUGGUCUGCCGCUCUACACACCCCAGGUGAUGCCUCUUAGCACUGGCAGUGGUGGGGAAGGCGAGGGGUUGAGCUUUGUCUACCACGCGGCUGUUACGUUAAGGCAGGUCACAGCCGACCGAGCUUCAUUCCGCAUAUUUGUCUUCCUCUGCCUUAACUUGUCUUUCACCUUCAUCGAACUCUUUUACGGUGUAUGGACCAAUAGUCUUGGCCUCAUCUCGGACGGCUUUCAUAUGCUUUUCGAUUGCGCGGCUCUGGUGAUGGGUCUCUAUGCCUCUGUGGUGGGACGCUGGAAACCCACCCGUAUCUACUCCUAUGGGUUUCAUCGAGCUGAAAUUCUGUCCGGCUUUAUCAACUCCCUCGCUCUAAUGGUCGUCUCCGCCUCCAUCUUCCUCAACGCUCUUAAACGAAUUCAUCAACCUCCGGACAUCAGUACUGAUCGACUUAUGGCAGUAUCAAUCGGUGGUCUGCUAGUAAAUCUGGUGGGCAUAUUCGCCCUGGGGCAUGCGCACUCCCAUGGUAGUGGUGGGGGUGGUCACUCUCACAGUGGAGGAUGUCACGGCCAUUCGCAUGGCAGUCAUGGCGUGUAUUUACACGUACUGGCGGAUACCUUAGGUAGUGUGGGGGUGAUAAUCAGUUCCUUCUUUGUCACCAGUUAUGGUUGGAACAUUGCGGAUCCAAUCUGCUCUCUUUUCAUCUCUGGUGCCAUCACGUAUUCAGCGUUACCGUUGGUCAAGGACACUCUUCUGGUGUUAGGUCUCCGAGCGCCUCACAAGCACCAUCCCGCUAAUCCCAAACGCAUUCUGCAGAAGGUUCUCCAAGUGGACAAUGUGCUGGAGGUAGUGAAUCCAUGUAUCUGGCAAAAUACGGAAAGUACCGUUUGCUGUUCAAUGCGUUUGCGUAUAGCGCCCGAGGCCACCGAACAACUGGUUUUAGCCCAAGUGAAGGAGGUGCUCAAAAUGGACCAGAUAAGUCACCUGACUAUUCAAUUGGAGAAGGAUGACUUCUACCGACACAUGGAGGCUCUAGAUCUCCACUUGGAUAUUAUUGGGCGUCACACGCGCUCCAGCCUCGCGGAUCUCGUCACCAAUCACCAUCACCACUGGCACUCCCAAGAUCCGCCACACAGCAGUGACAGCGGUGGUGGCGGCAGCUGGACUGCAGUCAAGUUCUGA